GCGCGCGUGGUGUAUCUGAUCCCUCACAGCGCGAGCCACUCACUCUUUUUUGCCGCGCGGCAGAAGAAAGAGCUCGAGCGCAGCUGCUCAGUUUUAAACGGGAUUCCUUCUCGUGCUUCUUCACUGACGAUCGCUCGCAUUUACUAACCGGAAAAGUAUCUUAUAGAGAAGGACAGCACUGAGAAUCCCUCAUGCGUAUCUGGAGAGACUUCCAGCGCACUCCAGAAUGACCAGGACAUACAUAGCAUCAGAUACAUUUCCCCCUUAUCGGAUAUGAAUUGUUUUGUGUUCUGUCUCCCAUCAGCUCUGCGUGAUGCGCGCUUCACGUGUUAUGUGUGCUUCACGUGUUACGUGCGCUUCACGUGUCCUCGCGCCACAGUGAGGUAGUUCAGCCCAGUCAGCACGAGCUCGUAAUGCACAUAUAAUCCGGCGUGUAUGCCACGGCUCUGGGUGUGCAUGUGAACUGGUCUGGGUGGAUAUGUGUUCUCUUAAUUCAUUUUCCAAGUGGAGUGUUUGGAUUGUGCCUGAUCUCGUGAUGCUCCUCGUGCCUAUCCUCUGGUUGGCGUCGCACGCUCGCGCUGCUCCAUCUCUCACAACCGAACAGAUGGAUAUGGGGGUGGAUUGGCUGAGUAAGUUCGGAUACCUCCCACCAGCUGACCCUGUCACCGGCCAACUGCAGACCAAGGAGGCGCUGACCCAGGCGAUUAAAGCCAUGCAGAGAUUUGGUGGCCUGGAGGAAACCGGAGUGCUUGACCAGGCCACCCUAGGUUUAAUGAAGACGCCACGUUGUUCGCUACCAGACAUGUCUGAGACGGAGACAACAGCUGGCAGGAGAAGACGUGCGCUGGCAACUCCAAAAAAGUGGACCAAGAGACACCUGUCCUGGAGGGUGCGGACAUUUCCCAAGGAGUCCGCCGUGCUCGGGAGGGAAACGGUACGAGCCUUGAUGUACUACGCUCUGAAGGUGUGGAGUGAUAUCACGCCGCUCAACUUCCAUGAGGUUGCAGGGAACAAGGCAGACAUCCAGAUUGACUUCACCAAAGCAGACCACAACGACGGCUACCCUUUCGAUGGUCCGGGUGGUACUGUAGCCCACGCCUUUUUCCCAGGAGAACGCUUCACUGCAGGGGAUACACACUUUGAUGAUGACGAGGCAUGGACUUUCAGGUCUCCAGAUUCUCAUGGCAUGGACCUGUUUGCUGUGGCAGUACACGAAUUUGGCCACGCCAUCGGACUCGCACACACGUCUGCCAUGGAGUCCAUCAUGCGUCCAUACUACCAGGGGCCUGUCGGUGACCCACUCAAGUACGAUCUCCCUUAUGAAGACAAAGUCAGAGUCUGGCAGCUUUAUGGUGUUCGGGACUCGGUCUCACACACGGCUCGUCCAGAUGGUGUGUUUCAUACCGAUGAUCCACCUGUUCUAAUGGACCUGCCAGAAAACAAAUCCACAGUACCGCCAGCACGCGAUGCCCCUGACAGAUGUACCAGUCACUUUGAUGCAGUGGCUCAAAUCCGAGGGGAGGCCUUCUUUUUCAAAGGGAAGUAUUUUUGGCGACUGACUCGGGAUAAGCACCUGGUGUCGUUGAGACCGACUCAGAUCCAUCGCUUCUGGAGAGGUCUGCCUGCUAACCUGGAUAGCAUCGAUGCUGUGUAUGAGAGACCCGGAGACCAUAAGAUCGUCUUUUUUAAAGGAGUGAAGUACUGGGUAUUCAAAGACAACAACGUCGAGGAAGGCUACCCACGGCCCAUCAGUGAUUUCGGCCUGCCUAUGGAGGGCGUAGAUGCUGUCUUCGUCUGGCUUCAUAACGACAAGACAUACUUCUUUAAGGACAACCAUUACUGGCGCUAUGACGACCACCUGCGAAACAUGGACCAGGGCUACCCAAAAGACACAACGUUAUGGAAAGGAAUUCCAUCACAGCUGGAUGACGCCAUGCGCUGGUCUGACAGUGCCUCGUACUUCUUCAAGGGUAAGGAGUACUGGCGAGUGGUGGGCAGUGAUAUGGAGGUGGAGGCGGGGUAUCCGCGCCCCAUCGGUACUGACUGGCUGGUCUGCAAGGACAUGCAGUCGGACACUCCAGAGAUGAGGAAUAACGAGACGGGCUCACAGCUUACCGGAAAGCACCACACAGACCACGCUGAGAACGGCUACGAGGUGUGCUCCUGUACCUCAGACUCGGGCUCGUCCGCUGGCCCACGCCUGCAGCUCGCACCUGUUUGUCCGCUGGUAGCCAUCUUAAUACUGACACACAUCUUCCUGUGUGGCACGCUCUGAUGAUGGGGACGCCACAGGCCUGCACUGGCAUGGACACAGACACAGAGAGUGCGUAUGCAGCGGCUUGUGGGAAGGACAACAGAGGGCAAACUUACACUCCAAUCAGUGAUCAUUGCUUACAUCCUUCUUUUUUUAUCCAAACUGGAAACUUGUAAUUAUUAUUAUUAUUAUUAUUAUUAUUAUUAUUAUUAUUAUUAUUAUUAUUAUUAUAGCUGCAUUUAAAUUCUUUUUGUGUGCCUCAAAACUAGAUUCAUUUCAAGCACUUUGUGAAGUCAUUGUCACUCAUUAUCUGAUUUUUUUUUCUCCUCCUGCAAUGAUAAGAAUAUUCAGCAUUUAAAAAAAACAUCUGUAUUUUCCAGACUAAAGAUCAUGUCUGUUUUAUAGCCUUCACCAUCCAAAAGAAUGCCUGUUUAAAAGGAAAUUCAUGUAUAUGUUGUGUUAUUUUAUUCUAUUUAGUGUAUAUACAUGUUACAUGAUCCACCGCGCCUGGUUCAUACGUGUGUCAGCUUGGGAAACCUCCCCAAAUCGUCUCUAGAAUUUAUAGGGUAUUCAAAAUUCAUUCAUUCAUUUUCUACCGCUUAUCCGAACUUCUCGGGUCACGGGGAGCCUGUGCCUAUCUCAGGCGUCAUCGGCAUUAAAGGCAGGAUACACCCUGGACGGAGUGCCAACCCAU